ACCCGUCUUUCGUUAUAAGCUUGUUCUUUCUUUAGCUAAAAUCUUAAAGUAAUUCCAUAUAUUCCUGUUCUCCCCCUUUGCUUUUACGUCAUUGAUUAUCUCUCUUUAUUGGGGUUUUCUCCUCUCUAAUUUACCAUUGAACCCAUCAUUCGAGUUUAGUGUACAUAUAAGAAGUAUACCCGAUUUCCUUUGUGGGUAAUCGUUUAUUCGGCUGAAAACGCCAGUGAUUAUUCCCAAUUUUAACGAUUUCAGUUUUAAUUUCGAUAAUCUUGGUGUUCUACCGACGAAAUCUUGAUUUCGGCGGUGGUGUAAACGCAGCUGGAUUUGAUCAAAUCAGCCGAGUGUAUGGUGGUCUACCACCACACCACACAAUCGUUUUAGCUUAUUUAUGCCAUUGAAUCGAGAAAUCGUCAAUCUAUAUUGGAUUGAUUUGCCUGUUUGGGGUUAAAAAAGAUGAGUUCAACUGAAAAUGUAAUACAAAGGGGAAAACUUCUAGUUCAUAUAGCAGAAAACGGGCAUUCAUUUGAGCUUGAUUGUGAUGAAGACACCCUUGUUGAAUCUGUCCAACAAUAUCUUGAAUCCCUUUCAGGAAUUCGCUUAAAUGAUCAACUUAUUCUCUAUUUGGAUUUAAAAUUAGAACCUCAACAGCCACUUUCUGCAUACAAACUCCCAUCAGAUGAUCGAGAGGUUUUCUUAUUCAAUCGAGCCAAAAUGAGAACCAAUUCCACCCCACCAAGCCCUGAAGAACCUGAAGUAGCUGAAAAUUACCAUCCUGACCCUCCACCCCCAUCUUCUUCCCAUGAUCCACAUCCAUUAGAUGAAGCCUCUGAUCCUGCUUUAAAGGCUUUACCCUCAUACGAAAGACAAUUUAGAUACCAUUACCAGCUUGGAGACGCAAUUUACCGAUGUACCCUUAUGAAAUAUGAGGCCAGUGAGCGGAUUUCAAGAAAGCAUAGGGUGCAAGAGAAGGCACUGGAGAUUGCCAGGGGUAAUUUGGACCAUUUCUAUAAGAUGAUCCUACAAAACUACACUGAUUUCGUGAGGUGUUAUUCUCAGCAGCAAAGAACACAUUCGAAUUUGUUGGUGAAUUUUGGGAGGGAUUUGGAGAGGCUAAGGUCAAUUAAACUUCUUCCAGUGUUACAGAGUGGUGAUCGAAAGUGUUUGUUGGAUUUUGUGAAAGAAGAUAAUUUGAGAAAAAUGGUGGAUGAUUGUAGUAAUUCUCAUAGACAGUUUGAAAGUAAAGUUGGAGAGUUUAAGCAGGAAUUUGGAGAAUUAAAGAGAAGCACCGAGUGUUUGUUUUCUAGUAAAGCUUCAAUUCUUGGUAGAGAUUUGGAGAGAACUGUUAAGGAGCACCAGCAUCAUAUUAAUGAGCAGAAAAGCAUAAUGCAGGCUUUGAGCAAAGACGUGGGCUUAGUGAAAAAACUCGUGGAUGAUUGUUUGACUAGUCAACUCUCCAAUUCCCUUCGUCCACAUGAUGCUGUUUCUGCAUUGGGCCCCAUGUAUGAAGGUCAUGACAAAAGCUACAUCCCCAAAAUGCAAGCAUGUGAACGUGCCAUUUCCAACCUUCUCACUUUCUGCAAAAACAAAAAAUCUGAAAUGAACACUUUUGUACACAAAUACAUGCAAAAAAUUGCAUACAUUCAAUACACCAUCAAAGAAAUCCGCAACAAAUUCUCACUUUUCACCGAAGCCCUAAAACGCCAAAAUGACCAAUUUGACCAUUUAAAAGUCAUCCGUGGCAUCGGGCCCGCAUACCGUGCUUGUUUAGCUGAAAUAGUGAGAAGAAAAUCCUCCAUGAAGCUUUACAUGGGAAUGGCUGGACAUUUAGCUGAAAAACUUGCAUCCAAAAGAGAAAUUGAAAUAAGAAGAAGAGAAGAGUUUUUAAAAGUUCACAGUUCGUAUAUUCCAAGAGACAUUUUAGCUUCAAUGGGGCUAUACGAUACGCCCAACACAUGUGAUGUGAAUAUAGCUCCAUUUGAUGGGAAUCUACUCGAUAUUGAUGUAUCGGAUAUUGACCGUUUUGCCCCUGAGCAUCUAGUGGGGCUUUCUUUCAAAAAGGGUGUUGAGGAGACUUCCGAAAGUGGGAAUGAUUUUAUCGAAGCUUCUGAAUUGGUUGAGAUUGCUGGAACUAGUAAAAUUGAAGUUGAAAAUGCAAAAUUGAAAGCUGAAUUAGCUUCCACAAUUGCCCUCCUUUGUUCCUUUUCACCCGAAAUUGAAUUCGAAUCACUUGAUGAUAGUAAAGUAGGCGAUUUGCUAAAAAACGCAACUGAAAAAACUGCUGAGGCGUUACGUUUGAAAGAUGAACAUGAAAAGCAUUUGUUAUCAAUGCUAAAAACGAAACAUUUGCAGUGUGAAUCAUAUGAGAAAAGGAUAAAGGAACUCGAACAAAGACUUUCGGAUCAGUAUACUCUAGAAGUCAAACUCAAUAAAGACGAGUCAACCGGGAAAACCGGGGAUUCAAAAUCGGAAAUCUUCUCUCCUAUGGAUGAGGCUUCUUAUGGGUCAAAUACGCAUCUGGAUUCAUCGAUGCCGGAUGAGAAAGAUGAAAAGGAGGCGAUGGUGGCGAGCUCUAGCGGCGAUUACAUGCCGGAGAAAAGUUUUCCGGCGAAGGGCGACAGCGGUGGUGGUGGUGAUGUUGUGGAGUUGCAGAGUUUGGUGGCUGAGAAGACAAAUGAAGUAAAUGAAAUGGAAAUAAAGCUCCGGGAAGCUGUGGAUGAGAUUGCAAGGCUGGGUAAUGAGUUGGAAAUCAGCCGGAAUCUUCUAGAUGAAUCUCAGAUGAAUUGUGCUCACUUAGAGAAUUGUUUACACGAAGCAAGAGAAGAAGCGCAGACUCAUCUAUGUGCAGCUGACCGUAAAGCAUCGGAAUACACCGCGUUACGUGCCUCGGCAGUUAAAGUACGCACGCUUUUCGAGAGGUUGAAAACGUGUGUUUCCUCUGCUGGUGUGGCUGGUUUUGCUGACUCACUACGCGCGUUAGCUCAAUCUCUUGCCACUUGUGCAAAUGAGAAUAGUGAUGAUGGUGUGGCGGAGUUUCGUGAAUGUGUGCGCGUGUUGGCUGAGAAAGUGGGAGUGCUGACUAGGCAACGAGCCGAGCUAAUCGAUAGGUACACAAAGGCGGAGGCAUCACAUGAAGAGCUCACAAAGGAGUUGAAUGAAAAGAAAGAAUUGGUCAACACUUUGUAUGUCAAGCUUCAAUCCGAAAAACAGGUGAACAAGGAGAAGAUAUCAUUCAGUCGUUUAGAGCUUCAUGAGAUAGCGGCAUUUGUACUUAACAAUGUAUCAGGCCACUAUGAAGCUAUCAACCGAAACUCUGCUCAUUCUCAUUACUUUCUUUCUUCGGAAUCUGUCGCCUUAUUUGCUGAUCACCUUCCAAACCGGCCCACAUACAUUGUGGGCCAGAUCGUGCACAUUGAGAAACAAAUUGUAAAAUCGUCCCCGGGUCGACCCACGGGUUUGAACCCGUAUGGGUUACCGGGUGGGGUUGGGUGCGAGUACUUUGUGGUGACUGUAGCCAUGUUACCUGACACAACCAUUCGUUCGCCUACUGCUGCUUCCUGAUCGUUUAAAUUUGGUCAAGAUGUGAUGGAAGAAAAGAAAAAAAAAUAGAGGCAAGUGUACAUAGAUGACGUUUUAAUGGGAAAUUUGAAAGUUUAAUGAUUGAAUUUUAUUUCAGUUUGGUGUACA